CAGGGGCCUUGAAGUUCGGUUCUUACGUGGGUGGCUACUAGUGUAUUUAAUGCACUGCAUGAGCAAAUUUUACGAAUGAAAUCGGUUCCGUUAGGAAGAGCCAUGGAUCUUAUAUAUUGAUACAGGCAGGGCUGUUGCUGCAUAGCACAUCGAUGAAGACACGCGAUCGCGUCGUCUGUUUCAAUGGAAUGGUCUCCCAAGCAGAACCGUAAGACACCAAAAUCAGCAAGGGAUCAUACCACGCAGUCCUUGUCAAGUUCCCUGUUCUGUGACAAUGCUCUGAGUCACCUUCCUGUUGCAACAUGUACAUCACAGACCACAGCCCCACUACUGGGGUGGUGACAAUCGUAGUGAUCCUCAUUGCUGUUGCUGCCCUCGGUGUUCUCAUCUGCGGAUGUUGGUGCUACCUGCUCCUGCAGCGGAUUGGCCAGUCUGAAGAUGAGGAGAGUAUUGUAGGAGAGGGCGAGACCAAGGAGCCCUUCCUGAUGGUACAGUACUCCACCAGGGGCCCUCACGUCGAGCACAAAACCAAGCUCACCCAUAACGGCACUGAGAAUCACACUUAACUGAGUCAUUAAGAAACCGUGGUCAUCACCUAAUAUUAACCAAGAGGAUCAACUCACCCACAUUUCCUGCUGAUCAUCAUCUUUCAUCACGCCUUUGAAGGAUGUUAAACGGACUGCAGCGCAAUGUCAAUGUCUUAGGAAAUUUGAUAUUUUUGUUUCUCAUUCCACUGUGUGGAUCUCAGUCAGGAUGUGAGGUUGUGAACAGUUCAUUGUUGUUUCUUAAGUGUACAUAUUUUGAACACAAAAAUGUACAUCUGAUUGAUGUUGAUAGUUUUUGUUAACUCAGCAAUCCAGUACUGAAUUGUGACGGUAGACACUAGACAGCGCUCUGAACAAAUGAGUGGGCAAAACCUUCUUCGGAGCUUGUUGGAAGAAUGUAUGACAAAUUGAUGACAAAACAAUUGACUUAAUAUCAAGUUGCUCAAAGUAUUUGAAAUUAGCUUAAUUUGUUUGUUUAUUUUGCAUAGUUGAACUUGGUUUUGUUUACCUUCAGUAUUCAAAUGUGAGUUAAUAGCCAUUUUAUAAUAAUUUGCUAAAUGCCACAUUUGCCCAAAGAUACAAAGUGUGAUUCACUGCCUAAUUUAUGUCUCUUGUUGCGGCUACUUACUAAAUAAUCUAGUGUACAAAAUACUGUUUCUUUUCUCCUGUGGUUGCACAGGCAACUACUCAACUAAAACCAGUCAUUGAAAGGGCAAUUGUCCUUUGAUAAACCAUCAUAUUUCACAAGCACAACAGGGUCCAGGGUCUGAGUUUUAGUGAGGUCCGCACUCUAAAAUACUAUUUGGAGAACAGCAAAAAUUUGCCCAUGAUUACUACACCUUUAGAUAGCUGGCUAGACUAAUUUAACAAUCUAAUAAAAUGUAUUUGACAUGGGCUAAUUGAGUGACAGUCAGUGAGUGGCAUAUAAGAAGAGGGAAACUGCUGAUGCACAACCAAGUUCGAAAUUGCACCUUGUGUAUUCUACUAUUCUAACUCUCAACAGUAAGUUCCUGUUCCUAAAAAAAUUCUAGAUUAUUAUAUAUUUUUUUAAUGUUGGCAAGGUCCGUACCUCGGUGUCCUCAUAUGUAGCUACAACACUGAGUAGCUGCUUCAACUGACAUGGGUUGAGAAGUCCUGCCAAGAAGCUACCAAGAGCCAGUUACAUAUUUUCUAUAUUCAGUUGCAACAUAGGAAAUCCUGAUGGACAGAUUCUAUGGUAGCUGAGCAGGUUGAUAUUUGAUGAAACAAUGUUAUAAAGUAUUAUGAAAUGUAAAUAACAUUAUGAAGACUAUUGUUCUCUUUGUCAUUUGAUGUACCAUUGUAUCAUUUCCAAAUCAACUGUAAAUGUUUUAUCGGUCCAUAGGCCUUAUGAUUACUUUUAGAUGUAUUGUUGAUAGUUAUUCUUAUUGUUUUUUAUAAGGUGGCAAAAUAUCAAACUAAUGUGACAAUUUGUAGAUUUUUAUAUGAUUACACAAAUGGUAAUAGUAUUGGUUCCAAUAAGUUUCCUUUCAAACUUGAGAUGACUGUUACCCAACUUCUGUCUUGAGAGUUCAGCAGCUUGUGAAAUACAGUAUACAUUUAAAAGUACUACUAAAAGUAUGACCACCUGUAUAAGUAAUAUGCAGUAUGCAUAGACUUAAUUGGAAGGCUCAAUGCCUAGUGUCAUACCGGUGCAGAGAGAUGAUUCACCAUCUCCCACAUAGCCUGAAGGCAGUUAGAGUUAGGACCUACCCAAAACAGGGUGCAUUCCUCAGCCCAGGCAUUGCUGACAUGCCAGAUCUUACAAUGCCAGAAUAGGUAUUUUACAUUUCAGCUAACGACAUCAUAUGUUAUAGCAAUCUGUCAGUCGAUGACACAGUCGAUGAAGUGGCACGAAACCAUUGGUUGAUGCAUGCAACGUCUGAGCAGGGGAACGCUACCUGCUACAGUGCCUAUAGAAAGUCUACACCCCAUUGAACUUUUUUCAAAUGUUGAUUUAAUUGUAAUUGGUCAUUAAUCUACAUAAAAUAAUCCCUGAUGUCAGUGAAAAUAAAAUUCUACACAUUUUUACAAAAUUAAAUAACUGAAAUAUAGUAAUUGCAUAAGUAUUCACCCCCUUUGUUUAGGCAAGUCUAAAUUAGUUCAAAGUAAAAUGUGGCUUAACAAAUCACAUAAUUUAUAUUGACCCACACUCUGUGUGAAAUUACAGGGUUUGACAUGAUUUUUUAAUGACUAACCCUUCCUCUGUCCCCGAUAAAAACAUCUGUAAGGUCCUUCAGUCAGGUAUUGAAUUUCAAGCACAGAUUCAACGACAAAGACCAGGGAGCUUUUCAAAAGCCUCAUAAAGAAGGGCAGUGAUUGGUAGAUGGAUAAUGUUACGUUCCCUAGUUUCUGGGUUGUGGGUUGUGUAUUUUCAUGUAUGUAUUUCAGGAAAUGGAGUCCUGAAAUUCCCCAAGCAGCUGAUUGGUCAGCCCCAUUGCUGAUUGGAGAGCUGACCCCGCCCCCUCGUCAGGACGCAGCUGUUUCCAUUAACAACUCCCCAAAGCUAUAUAAGCCAGUGUUCUGUUGCUCAGAAGGAGAGAUGAUUGCAGGGAGAUAGAUGAUUGCAGGGAGAUAGAUGAUUGCAGGGAGAUAGAUGAUUGCAGGGAGAUAGAUGAUUGCAGGGAGAUAGAUGAUUGCAGGGAGAUAGAUGAUUGCAGGGAGAUAGAUGAUUGCAGGGAGAUAGAUGAUUGCAGGGAGAUAGAUGAUUGCAGGGAGAUAGAUGAUUGCAGGGAGAUAGAUGAUUGCAGGGAGAUAUUUGCUGAGAGAGGAGGUUGAUGGCAGAGGUUAUAUAUAUGUGUAUAUAUAUAUAUAUAUGUAUAUAUAUAUAUAUGUGUAUAUAUAUAUAUAUAUGUAUAUAUAUAUAUGUGUAUAUAUAUGUGUAUGUUGGUUGUUUCUCAGAAAGAGAAUUGGGUAUGUACUGAGUUGUUGCUGAGAAAGCUUGUUAUGUUUGGUGCUUGUGAGUUUUCUUUAAUGUCCUGGGUUAGUGUUUUGUUGUGAAGUAGUUGUACAUUUGUGUUAUUCUGUUUCAUUUGUUCCCAGGGGGGAAGGGGAAGGCACCUAGGGAGUGUUUAGGCAAGAGGUCCGCGGGCAUACAUUACCCGUAGUAGUUUGUCUAUGCACACUAGGAAAGACCUGGGUGGACCAUCCCCUGUAUUUUGGUUAGUGCACCAGGUGGUGCUAGUUAGUUAAGUAGUGGGUAGGCAGGUAAGGUAGGAGAGGGGGCUUUGAUAUUGACUUUCUUUGCUUUGGUUCUGUCCAGCCCCUUUUCCCCAAACUUGCCGUGCGAAGGAAUAAAUUCCCUGUAAAACGGUA